AUGCGGGGCGGAUUGCAUGUGAUUGUUGAUGGAGGCUUGUUGCAGGUGACCAGCGGGUCAGGCGGCGGUGACAGACGAUCGUCGUGUCAUGUGCAGGCAGCUAGGAAUGUUAUUCCCCCAUCUCCCUUAGGUUUUGCUUGGAGCCUUCUAAAGACGAGAAUUCCUUCUCCUGCUGAUGACGAGAAGAAGCUUAGAGCCCAGCAAUUCUCUCAAGGUUGGAAAAGAAUGGCAAAAGAAUUGGCGCUAGAUUUGGAGGAGCUUAAGCAGCUUCAAUGCAUCGCGAAGAGGCCACAGGCUUUUCACGGGGUUUGCUUUCGCAGUGUAGAAGAUUUCAUAUUCAAUGGUGUUUGGCAUUUUUCUUGGCUGUUUAUUGAGUUCUUUUUGAAAAAGGAUGCAAAUGGAGCUUCUCCUGCUGCUGCUCCACAAAUUCCAAUUCCUAUUGCAACCUCAGCAAAGGCUCCGGUUAACCCAGCGCUGAGUUACGUUACACUCGCCUCGUUCAGCUGGGAUCAAGACAACGAUAAAGUCAAGAUAUACGUAUCUUUGGAAAGAGUCGAACAAGAGAAAAUCCAGGCAAAUUUCAAGCCGAUGUCUUUUGAUGUUAAAUUCCGCGACGUUAAAGGUAAAAACUAUAGGUGUGCUAUUCCAAAAUUGAACAAGGAAAUCGAACCAGAGAAGUGCAAGGUGAUAGUUAAGCCUACAAGAGUCAUCAUCACAUUGUUCAAAGCUUGUAAAGGCAACUGGUCUGAUCUACACUACAAGGAGGACAAGCUGAAGCCAAACUUGGAUAAAGAGCGAGAUCCCAUGGCCGAAAUCAUGAACUUAAUGAAGAAUAUGUACGAGGAAGGGGAUAUUGUCUUCUUGAAGUUGCAGAAAACUUGUUUCUGGAUGUUUUUGUUCUUGGUGUGA